AUGAAGUCCAUCGUUUUGGCGAGCGCUCUGGCAGCGGCAAGUUGCCUUUUGGGCACGGCGAGUGGACGUCCUCUGAAGUUCAGGCGUGCACUUAUCACCGAGGUUGUCUACGUCACUCAGACCAUCACUGAUGCUGUUGUUUACGUCGAUGAGAGCGGUGCGCCCUACACGACAUCAACGGUUCAGGCGACUACCAGCAGUGCAGCGUUGGUACCUUCUACCACGUCUGGAGUAAUUGAGCCUACGGUUGAGUUCUCUUUGGCGCCUCGAACGACCGUUCCAGCUCCUACAACUGCACUGCCGUCAUCUGAUGUUGCUACUUCGUCACCUGAGCCAACUAUUGCCGACGUGGACAAAGCUACAACGGAGGCAGCCGCAUCCUCUACUGCGGUCGAAUCUACUUAUGUACUAUCCCCUUCUAUCCAGGAGCCUCUGCCCCCAACCUCGAGCGCCGCUCCUCCACCUUCAUCCUCCGCCGCGCCUGCUCCAGAAGUGCCCACCAAACAGGAUGCAGCUGACGGUCGUCUUCCCAUCGGAAUCGCCUACGAUCCCUUUGCCGGGUCCAAGGGUUCUACUCGCUGCAAGACGGCGGAUGAGAUUGCCAGCGACUUUGCCAGGAUGAAGGACUAUAAAGUUGUCCGCAUCUACGGCAUGGGCUGCAACAUCAUUCCCCUUGCUGUGAAGAAUGCCAUCAAGAACGGCCAGACGCUCAUGGCAGGCGCUUACAUGAGCACUGGUGGCAACGGCGAAGAUCUCGGCACCGUCAUCAAGACCCUCAAGGGCGCAAUUGAUUCGUACGCCGAUGGUAAGUGGGACAUUGUCCAGCUCUUCGCUGUAGAGAAUGAGCGCGUCAACGACCACGACAUGACUGCGUCCGCUGUCAUCGACGCCAUCAACACGGCGCGAGGCCAACUCCGUGAACUCGGGUACCAAGGUCCUGUCGGUGCGGUCGAAACCGUUCCAGCCAUGAUGGACAACCCAGCCAUCUGCAAAGCCUCUGACGUGGUCAUGGUCAACUGCCACGGCUUCUUCGACACCAACACCAAGGCCCAGGAUGCCGGCACAUUUGUCAAGGCACAGGUUGAACGUGUCAAGUCGGCCUGCAACACCGAUCGCGUUGUUGUCGCCGAGUCUGGGUGGCCGCACCAGGGCGAUGCCAAUGGUGCUGCUGUGCCGUCGCCGGACAAUCAGCGCAUGGCCCUUGACUCUAUCCGCGCGAACUUUGAUAGCGAUAUGUUCAUCUUCAGUGCGUUUGACUCGGAAUGGAAGUCUGACUGGGCCGCGACGUUCAAUGCCGAGAGGUUCUGGGGUGUUAUUCAGUAA